GGGUCCCCAGCCCACACCAAAUCUCCAACUGCCACUCCCCUAACUGUCGCUCAGAACUUUGCUUCUCAGUCACAGCACCUGCCUGUCCUGUGGAUAACGGCUGCUUCGGGAGCCAGCAGAGAUUUUUAAGGACCAGGACUCGGGAAGAAACCAGGUUGGUUAUUUGAGCAUCUUUCAAUGCUUCUCAUUUUUGUGUGAAGGCUGCUUUCUCAGAAGAGCUCCGGACUUUACCAACAAGAGAAAUAGAUCUUUUUCUCUUCAAAAUGAAAAUGGACUUGGAGAUCAGUGAGCCAAUAGACUUUAGUUCAGGAGAUCAACAUCUGAUUCGGAAAGCAGCAGAUAAAAGGGCCCAAUCUCAAUCUGGCCAGCCCCCCAAAUCUACACCUUCACCUGGGGUCCAGGAAACCCAAGGGAGUCCACACCCCAAGGCUACUGAUCGCGCACAUACCUAUGUGGUACAAAUUUCAGAUGAGCCAACCCCAGCUGACAGCAGUACAGUCACAACCACCGCAUUCUCAGACGAUGCUGUCCGCAGAGCUUUCAUUGUGAAAGUGUUCCUUCUCCUGUCAGCCCAGUUGUUAGUCACUGCGACAAUUAUCAGCAUGUUUAUUUUCUGGAAAGGUUUAAAAACGUGGGUACGUUCAAACCCCUGGUUCACCUAUGCACUCUUCCCAGCAUUUUUUGUUGUACUAAUUAUACUUGCCUGCUGUGGGAAUCUUCGCCGUCAGGUGCCUGCAAAUUACAUUCUCCUGGGAUUCUUUACACUUCUUCAAGGUCUGCUGCUUGGAACCAUAUCAGUUUUCUAUAAUGCGGAGGAAGUGUUGUGGGCCACAGCAGCAACCACUCUGGUGACAUUAGCACUCACUAUAUUUGCUCUACAAACAAAAUGGGAUUUUACCUUGCUAAACGGAAUGCUGUUCGUUUUUCUCUUCGUACUUGUAAUCUAUGGAAUUCUCUUAAUCUUCAUUCGAUCAUAUUGGCUGCACGUGCUGUAUGCUGGACUCGGAACCGUGCUCUUCUCCAUGUACCUGGUGAUGGAUGUGCAGCUCAUGGUGGGAGGGCGUCAUCACCACUCUGACCUGGACCCGGAAGAAUACGUUUUUGCUGCCCUGAACAUCUACUUGGACAUCAUCAACCUCUUCCUUUUUAUUUUGCAACUGAUUGGACUGGGACGGUAGUGGUCCAGCCAAGGCUAGCUUGUGCUGAGAAGCAGGAAGGAGGGACACUUGUGACAUGUUGCCAGGCUCAGAUACGCAAAGGUUACCACUUCCUAAGCCCUUUUAUUUUAAAAAAAAAACAAUAUUUAAGAACAUUUUUAUUAAAGUUAAGCAUUUGAAGGUAGCUGUUGCUGUUCUUCUUACUUUUAGUUCCACUGUCACAUAGCAAAACUUUUGGAGGACAUUUCAGAUUUUUAUAAAUUCAAAGAAAUGAGUAUCAUACUUACAAAUAUUUGUAAGAUGCCCAUUAUUUUGUUCAAGUUUUCCAGGCACCAUUUCUGUACACAUCUCUCUACAUGAAUAAAAUGGAUUACAGAAAUUUAAA